GAGGCGCCCAACAUGGAGGGCGCGGAGGCCGAGAGGUUCGAUGGCCUCCUGCUGAACGUGGCGCAGCAGGCUGGUUCCAUUGAGAACAUUCUCGACAUGUUCUUCGGCUUCCUGCAACGCAAGACCGACUUCUUCACUGGGGCUCAGGACGAGGCGGCCGCGGAGGCGCUCAUCAUGAAGUACUACAAGAAGCACUGGAAAGCCGGUCUGAAGCGGCGCCAGGAGAUACAGGAGAAGAACAAGGUAGCCGACGAGGAGCGAAAGCAGAAGGCGGAGGAAAGGAAAAGAAAAGACGAGGAGGAGUACAAAAGGAGGCAAGAGGAGCUAGCCAAGAAGCAGGCAGAGGCUCCUGCGAUCGAAGAGGUCACAGACGAGGAGGCGGCCAAGAUCAAGGCUGAAAAAGAAGGCCGAAAAGACGACAGUGGAGAGGGGGACAAAGGCGAAGAAGAGAAGGAAGAAGAUAGCAAGGAGCCGCCGCCAGUAGGGAAUGGCGGAACCACAGACAAGUACACCUGGACUCAAACCCUCAGCGCCCUCGAGGUCUUUGUGAACGUGCGACCUGGUGUGCGGGCUAAGCAGAUCGUCUGCGACAUCGGGGGCGAUACCCUGAAGGUGGGCAUCAAGGGCGAGCCGAUGAUCAUGGAGGGCAAGCUCCACUCCAAGAUCAAGUCGGACGACUGCACGUGGACGCUGCUCGACAACAAGGUCGUCCAGAUCUCGCUCGAGAAGUUCGACGGGAUGAAGUGGUGGAGCUGCGUGAUGGAGGGCGACCCAGGC